AUGGCUUGCCACAUGGGCGAUGGGCCAGACUCAGGUUACAGUCAGUGUGUUCUAAAACCCAAGACAACAGAGGAAGUUUCCAAAAUCUUAAAGUUUUGCAACUACAACCACCUAGCCGUGUGUCCGCAGGGUGGAAAUACGGGUCUUGUUGGGGGAUCAGUACCAGUAUUUGAUGAAGUGGUCUUAUCCACAGCCUUAAUGAACAAUAUUAUUGAUAUCGAUGAUGCAUCAGGUGUGCUAGUUUGUCAAGCAGGAUGCGUGCUGGAAGUUUUAGAUCAGGAAGUAGGGAAGCAAGGACUAAUGAUGCCCUUAGACUUGGGAGCGAAGGGUUCCUGUCACAUCGGCGGAAAUGUAUCCACAAAUGCUGGAGGACUUCGAUUAGUGCGCUACGGUAAUCUGCAGGGAAGCGUGCUUGGCCUUGAAGUGGUACGAAAGCAUAUACAGGGUCAAAGCAAAUGGAGAGGUUUUAGAUUUAUUGAGCACCCUUAGAAAGGACAAUACUGGAUAUCAUUUAAAACACUUGUUCAUUGGCUCGGAA